GACCGAACUUCCAGUGUAUCGGCAUGUAGCUUGUCUCACACGUGAUGAACAACGCACGGCACCGAGCGAGUAAAUGCAAAAAUUCCCCUCCAGUGGACCGCAUAUGUUGGUGAACGACUCGCGGUUAGAGAGCUACAUCCAUCAUUAAUAUCCACCAAGGCAUCGUUCCCCCGCCUCCCCCACCGAUCCUCAGAAUUGCGACAAUGAGCGGCGCGGGCGAGAAUCGCUGGCGGAGGCAAGGACAAGGCAAUUCCAAGGACGGACGACAGCAAGCCUCCCCUUCGACAAGCAACCCGUGGGGCAACAAGGCUGCUCAGAGCAACAAGCCUGCUGGUCCAGGACAGACUGCGCCAGUUCCUGCCUCCAAGGAAGAGCAUGUCUCUGUCCGCGACUUCAACGCAGUCGAGGUCAGGGAUUAUCUGAAGAAGAAGUACCGUGAGACUGUCGCUGAACACCCAGCGGUCUACCACAAGGUUGAGGGCGAUUCCGUGCCCAAGAGAAACAGCGGAGUAUGGGGAGCCAGAGGCGGCGGCACAUCCCACAAGAUGCCGAACGGACAGAACUUCUUCGACGUGCUCAAGAAGCAGCUCGCCAACAUUGACCAAAACAAAUGAUCACGCGCCGUCCACGCAUAUACACGUUUUGAUUCAGCGGCAUACAAGGGCAUUGCGGGCGUUCGGCGGUACACGGUCUGUCUGUUUGUGGUUGGCUUCUUCGCGGUAACAUGCAGAAGCCGGGGCUGUCCCCGACCAUGGCGUUGUGGACAUCACUCACACUGGGCCUGUGGCUAUGGUUAAGGUGAUACCCAUUUGCAAUUCGAGCAUCCAUGGUACGGCACGGCCUCCAAUGGAGCAGAGCGCGCGGGUGAGACCGUGCAUGAUGCUCUUUAUGUACAAAAGCUGUUGUGGGACACUGCGUGCGAUCAAAGAAUAGGCGCAAGCUCAUAUAUACUGUCCAUAUAAAUAGGAUUCGUUCAAGGAAUUGUCCUUGGCUCUCUAA